ACAGAAAUGUCAUUUUAUGUUGUCAACAAUUUGUCAUAAUGGAAGAAAAGGUUGAAACUGAGCAAGUUGAAGACAAAUCCGAAGAAUUUUCAGUUGACUUCAUCUACGGAGCUGGAGAUCACGAAAACGAAAUUGAACAAAAAAAUGACGAAACUAAUUGCAGCAGCAAUUUCGAGAUAUUCGAUUCUCUGGACCCUCAAGAUGAAACUUGGAAAAGAGCGGAGUUCAAGAAGAAAUUGAACAGUCUAGGACCUGAUAUAUUCAAGCAUCCUAAGUUGGCCGCCAAAGUAGAACCGUUCAAACUGGAAUGGGCAUUUGGAUUCAACAAAGAUGCUACCGUCAUCAACUUAUGUCAUGCAGGUUCACAAAUACUGUUUUUCAAUGCAACACAAUGUGGCGUUAUAUACGAUGUAAAGCAAAAGCAAAUGAAGUUUCUUCAAGGACAUCCGAACAAAGUCGUUGCUGUCUCUUCUACGAGCAACGGAAAGAUUCUUGUUUCUGCCGAUUCAGGACCGGACAACAUAAUCAUUAUUUGGCAGAGUUUGGACCUCACCCCACUGAUAAUAAUUUUCGAUCCUUAUAACGGCUACAGCAUCUUGAACGUAGCAAUGAGCCCCAAAGGUACCUAUGUGGUGUCCGUGGGCGAAUGUGACGAAGAAAAUAUCAGGAUCGACUUCAGACUAUGGGCGGAAGGGAAGGAAGAACCUGACGGCCAAGUCUACCUGGAGAACUACUUCGGCAAGGUGCUGAAGAUAACUUUCAACCCGAAUAACGAGUACCAGUUCGCCGUUCUCUUCGAAAGGGCCUGCGCCUUCUUCCACUGGGACGAAGAGCAGAAAGUCCUCCGAGAACCGGAGAUACCCACCGUUAAGUACAGGGGCAAGGUGGGCUAUCUGACCGACGCGACGUAUGUUGAGAAGAGCCGCGAGGCCAUGGUCACCACAUCGGAGGGGUGCGUCAUCAUUUUCGGCAACACCCUGUACUAUAAGGAUUUCGACCCGCACGAGAUCGUGAACAUCUCGAUUACCGUCAAGAUAUGCAAGAUUUCGAAGGUGUCUGUGAACACCAUCGAUUCGGCAGACACUGUGAUCGCCACAGGAGACGAAAAGGGCGUGGUGAACAUCUUCGACAAGCGACUACGCCUACUCUUCUGGUACAACCAAUACCUGGGCGACCCGGUAUACACCAUCAGGUUCGACAUGCAGCCCAGAAGCUACCUCAUAUCCAGACUUUGCCUGAACGAAGUGGUCCAGCUAGGCGUGGAAGAAAACGUGGAUCUUUUUGAUGACGAGCUAUUUCAGGACGAUUCGGAAAAGUACGAGGUCAUAUACAGGGACAAGCUGAAAAGGGACGCCUCUCCUUUUGGUGAACGAUGGGUUAUAAGGGAUUUUAUUGUAGUUCAAACGCAGACGGUACGAUUGGUUGAUUUCGUCCGAGACAAGCACACUAUUAUUUGCGAAAGAGGACAUGGCCCUGUUGGUGCUUUAACGGUGCACGAUGAAUUCACCUACCUGGCAGUUGGUUACAAGAACGGCACGAUAUGUCUAUUAAAUUAUAUGGACAACUUCUUGCACGUCAAGUACUCCUUGCCGGAGGCUAUAGAUGAGGAGGAACAGAAGGCCAUGAUAACUUGCAUGGAAUACUCUCCUAAUUCCUUGUUUUUGGCAUGCGGAAGAAGCAACGGGGAAAUAUGGAUUUUGGAUCCAAUAUUGUUAACGCCAAGACAAGAAGUGAUUACUGUAUCUAACUAUUCCAUAGAAAGGAUAGCCUUCUCUCAUGACAACGAUCAGAUCGCUUUCUGCAACAGUCGUACCACUGUGUACUUGCUGACCUAUGAAAAACACGAGUCUAUGUGGGUGUUCAUUGGAAAGUCAAGGUCGCAUUACAAGACUAUAGCCUCAAUGUUCUUCCAGGCGACUGAUCCUAAGCAUCUAGUCACCUUAGGGAUGGACAGAUACAUGAUCACUUACAACAAUAUCGACAUUCAAUUAGGAGACGACUUCCAGCCAACGCUGAAAGUGAGGAUAGACCAAACGGCUGUCCCAUUGUCUUGCGAGGUCUAUCCACCCAAACACAUGAAGUCAACGUACAGAUAUUUCAUCCUGGCAGACGAUCAACAUAAAUACAAACUGCUGAACGAGGAAACGCAGAUGUGCAGAUUGGUGGCCUUGGGACCUGCCUACGGCUGUUACAAAGACACCCCAGUCACAAAGAUCAAAUUGCUUCCUGAAAGAGACGAUGAUUAUCUGGUCUUCAUGACGAAGAAACAUUUCGGCUUGCAAAAACUGCCCAUCUCAGGAAAUCCUUACAGUUUUGUGGGGUGUUUUGGGCAUCCAGAAGAGCUUAUGGAUUUUGUAGUUAGCGGAGAUGGAGACCAUGUGUUCACAGUUGGAAAAGAUGACGCCACUGUCCUUCGAUGGAGAACUGAGACCAGAGGUGUCGACCUAAUGCAAAACCUGGGCGGUGAGGACUUUGAGCCUUUCUAUUGUGUCAUUGAAGGUGGAAAGAAUGGAUUUUUAUUCCAAGAGAUGCAAGACCUAUUCUUUUACAUGCAAAUUUUACACGAAGGAGAAAAUUCCACUCUGCCUAGGAGGGUCAGCGAUAAACUAGCCGUAGCGGAACUUCCUGAUCUUAUGAGGGCCUGCGGAUAUUAUCCCACAGAUUUCGAAAUCGAGACUUUCAUAGUUGACAUAAAGUAUAGAGAUUUCGAUGAAGACGGGUCCAUCAGAGAGCUUAUAUCGUUUCUUGAGUUUGUCAGACUGUAUGUGAAUCACAAGCCAGUGUACGGGUACUCGCUUGCCAAUCUGGAAAAUACAUUCAAUACUUUUGUCGAGAGCAUAGAAGAUUCCAUGCCUGGUAGUAUAAGAAGAGACGAUUUUUUGGAAUUACUGACGGAAGAAGGAGAACCUUUCACAUUAUCUCAGAUUAAUAAGUGCAUGGAAAUUUUGUUGGGUGCUCAAGGUGCCUCAGAAGGUGGACAUUAUCUGUUUGAUUUCAUUCCUGAGAACAUAGAUUACGAUAUUUUCAUUGACGACAUUCUAGGAAUUGAUAUGAAUAGGGACAAAAUUGAUGUGGGAGACACUGAUACUAAAUCUGAAAAUGCCUCUACUUCGACUUCUAGCUCGAAGGAUGGGAUACUGAGACACAAAUGCUCUGUGUUCUGAACACAAUCAGAUGCCAAUUGACAGUUGUGAGUACUUUUGUUCCGUAAGCUCACUGUUUUUUAUUUACGCAAUUCAUAAGAAAUGUGAACUCGAGUGAUAAUUUUCAAUAUUGGGGGUAGGGCAUGGAAAGUUGGUUCAUUUCAAGUACUUUAAUGUUUAGUGUUCGUGCGAAGGGACUGAAAAAGGGCAGUUGAAGAAUGGAAAACAGUUCACAACCAACUACAAAUUCUGUAAAUAAGGGGUGUGGUCCAAAUACUCGAAUAUCUAUACAUGUAAAU